AUGGCAGCAGGACUGUUCAGGCCAACGAUGGCCGGCCGAAAGAGUGCAGCUGCGCUGAUUCUCCUUCCAUGCGCUCUUGUCCUCAUUUUCGGUAUUGCUCGCGGAUCCUCGGCCGUGACCUUUCUGAGUGCCUCUCCGGCACGUGGCUCGCUUCGCGGGCCGGAGCAGCAUAGAACAGAACCGAGGAGUUCCGCGAUGUGCGGCACCGCGCCCAUUGUUGGCCUUGCUGCAGCAGUGGGCUGCGUGGCCGUCGCACGCAGCACCGUUCAGCGGCGCUACAAGGGCACCUACAACAUGGAUCCUGUAUCGUCGAUCAAGGGAGAGCCCUUGAUACCGAAGGGAGAGCCCAUGAAGAUGACAGAGGAAGAGAAGGCCGAGUGGCUGACUACGAAAACUGCCGAGCUUGAAGAAAUCAUGCCAAUGAGUGACAUCGAGUUUGAAGACAUGGUCUCAGAGCAGACCUGGCUGUGGGCACGCCACUUGCUGCCCUUCCAGGAGAGGCGACGACACGAAGUGGCCGAGUACAAGCGCAGAUGCAUCCAAAAGCAGCCAGAGCUCUUCAAGAAAUUGCGCUUGUGGCAUCCCCUUGCCCUGAAAUAUCCGACGGUGAUCAAGAAGUUCGACAACCUGGGCCCCUCCGACAUUGAGAACCGCGAUUUGAUGAUUGACGUUGAGUUUCUUGCUCAGACGGAGAAGAUCGCUGGCUUCACUUACAAGGCUUCGCCGUUUGCAGCGGCCGGCGCCUCACCUUUCGUAGGUAGUUCCGCCUCACCAUUUGCAUCGACUCCUCCGACGGGAGGACCUUCGCCCUUUGGCGGUGGCGGCGUCACCUCUGCAUCACCUUUUGGCGGUGGUGGUGCUGACGGCGGUUCCACCCCCUUUGCCGGUGGAGCGCAAAGAAGCUCAUCGCCCUUUGGGGCAGCUCCAAGCCAAGGCCCAGGAGUUAGCCCUUUCGGGACUGGUACUGGUGCAUCGCCCUUCGCCGGACAAGCGCAGGCGACCCCUUCCACGCCUUCCUCUGCCUCGCCCUUUGCUUCAGCUGCACCAGCUGGGCCAAGUUCCGCAUCGCCAUUCGGAGGCCAGCAGGUCCCAAGCACUACCUCCGCAUCACCGUUCCGUGGUCAGGGCACGGUAAGCUCGGCAUCGCCUUUUGGAGGCAUGCAAACACAGAGCAGCAGCUCGCCGUUCGGCGCAUCACCUUUUGCGCAGAUUGGCACGGCAGCCGCGCCAGCCAUGGGUGCGCAAGUGGGUGGCAUGCCAGCAUCUCCCUUUGCAAGUGCAACAGGGGCAGGGGCAGGUGUUGCCACAGCCUCACCAUUUGCAUCUGCUGCAACGCAGGGAGGCAGCACACCUGUGCCGACGCCAACGACUUCUGCAUCUCCCUUCGGCGGUCAGACAACUGCCUCCCCAUUCUCGAAGGCUGGGGUGCCUGCACCGUCUGCCAAGGCUGGGGCCGCGCAGAAAGAUGCCAAGGAGCUACUCCCGGAGCUUUUGCGAAAGGUGGACUGGCAGCUGACCAGCUUUGGCAUGGACAACCAGGCCUCUGCAGUCAGCAAUGACACCUCCUUCGAGGAGCACAGGUGGACAAUGCUUCAGCAACCCCGUACGGAGUGGGGCAAUCUCUCUGCCAAGCUGUUGGCCGAGAGCAAGCAAAAGUUCGACGCCUACCUGUCGCCCGGUGCUGCAGCUCCGUCCCAGGAUGCGGCCACUGCCUCCACACGAGCGCCCUCGCCUUUUGGAGACACUUCGCGGAGUUCAUCUCCCUUUGGUGCGACUUCCACAUCUGCAGGGUCCACGUCGGCCAUUUCCCCCUUCGGCGCAUCUGCGGCCUCCGCCUCGCCAUUUGGGGGUGCGCCUGUGGCAUCGCCUUUCGCUGCCGGCGCCUCACCCUUUGGCCGGGGUGCAGCUUCCCAAACACAGGCACUGGGAUCUGGGCCCUUUGCGCAGAGAAGUGCAUCGCCUGGUCCAUCAGCAAGCUCGCCCUUCGCGCCUGGUCGAAGUGCCUCACCCUUCGGGGCUUCUGGGCAGGCCACUCCGGCGUCGCCGUUCGCACCGUCUUAUGCCGCGACAUCUGAUUCGGCGCCCUAUGAUCCCGGGGCGCGGUACGGCCUGCCACCGCUGGAUUUCAGGCCCCACUGUGAGACGGAUCUGGCGGAAGAGGACCUGAAAGCAUUUCAGUCUCCUACGUUCGACCAGAAGAUACCGGAGGUCGAGCCUCCGCCAUCCGUUUGCUAG